GACUGUCAAGGCAACAGCACAGAUUUGAUUUCAUAGUGAAAAAAAGGGCUCACAAAGUUUGAGAUGGAGUGAAAUUUGCUUUUAAAUGACAAGAAAGUUACCACAGCGAUCAGCUGUGGGAUAAAUAAUCUCUUUGUACCUGGAUUAUUUGAGUGUCGGUCCGCAAUUUCACCAACAAAUGGAGGAAAAUGAGGCUGGAGUCCAGUGUACAUAUCCUGCUAUUCCAAAUGAUAUUCGUUCCCGCUUGCAGCACUUUGUGGAGGAGAGGAUGCAGACCAACAUGCUGACAGGUGUAUUGAUCGGUGCGGUGGUGGCUGUGUUUCUGAUUGGAUUCUCUGUGCUUCUCAUCUACCGCAGAUACAAACUAGCAAGUCAGCAGGCCGGUGUCCCUAGGUAUCGCUUCAGAAAGAGAGAUAAAGUGCUCUUCUAUGGCAGGAAAAUCAUGAGAAAGGUCAAGACCUUGUCCUCCACACCUUCCUCCACUUCAGUGUCUAAACAGCGCUCUCGAAAAAGGCCUAAAGUUCUGAGUAUAGCUCGCAGGAUUCUGCGGAUUAGAAAGGAGCCUCCCACCUUACAGCCCAAAGAGCCCCCUCCCUCACUCCUGGAGGCGGAUCUCACAGAGUUUGAUGUCCAGAACUCAAACCUGCCCUCAGAGGUGCUCUACAUGCUCAAGAAUGUCAGGGUACUGGGUCAUUUUGAGAAGCCCUUAUUUUUGGAGCUGUGUCGGCACAUGGUCUUUGUGGAGCUGCAGGAAGGAGAGGGGCUGUUUAGGCCAGGAGAUGACGAUGACAGCAUCUUUGUCGUUCAGGACGGAAGAUUGGAGCUUUGGAUCCACGAGCCUGAUGGCACAGAGCCUGUGAUGAAGGACGUGUUGCCCGGGGACAGUGUUCACAGUCUGCUCAGCAUUCUGGACAUCAUCACGGGUUAUCCUGCUCCUUACAAGACCGUGUCAGCACGUGCCGCUGUCAGGUCCACCAUAUUGCGUCUGCCUGCCUCAGCUUUCCAGUCUGUGUUUGAGAAAUACCCAGAGACACUAGUGAGAGUCAUACAGAUAAUCAUGGUGCGUCUGCAGAGAGUCACCUUCCUGGCACUUCACAACUACCUGGGACUGACAACUGAGCUUUUCAAUCAGGACAUACAAGCAGUGCCACUGUUCACAGUCAACAGUGUGCUCGCCGAGGGGAGUCCCAUUAGAUUCCCGCGCAGACCUCACUUUCAGACAACAUCAGAAGAUGAGCACCUGCACAGCUCUGGAGAGCACUUUACAGACUCAGACGGAGGCCAAGCUGGUUCAUAUGAAUACGCAUCCUCAGUUGCACGGCGGUCUCGUUCCGUUUCGAUGCCUGUAGAGAACACAGGGGUGGCUGGAAAUGACCUGAACAUGGCUUGCGAACGGGCCCGAGUAACCAUAGAUGAACCUCCAUCCAGUCCAGUCAUUUACAAGUCCAUUCUGAAGAAGAGUGUGACCAUGCAGCAUGCUCCAUCCACUGUGAUUCAUUACACGGACAAUGCGCCACACUCUGACGUGCCCCCCAGUAAAGUAGGAGCCAUAUUCCAGGCCGCCAAGAAAGACCUGCUGGGUAUUUUUCAGCUGCAGGACCCCAGUUUGCUGGAGGGCAGGGUGACACUGCAUCAGGUUAAGGCUGGAUCUAUUGUAGCUCGCCAAGGAGAUCAGGAAGUGAGUGUGCAGUUUGUGAUCUCGGGCACGCUACAUGUGUACCAGCGGAUGAUCGACAGAGAGGAGGACACGUGUCUGUUCGUGGCUCACCCAGGAGAGCUGGUGGGUCAGCUGGCCGUGCUGACGGGCGAGCCACUUAUCUUCUCUGUUCGGGCGCAUCGUGACUGCAGCUUCCUGUCCAUGUCUAAAACACAUUUCUAUGAGAUCAUGCGAGCUGAACCCACAGUGGUGCUGAACGUUGCGCAUACUGUCGUAAGAAGGAUGUCAUCUUUCGUCAGACAGAUUGACUUUGCCCUUGACUGGAUGGCUGUGGAGGCGGGCAGAGCUGUCUACAGGCAGGGUGAUACAUCUGACAGUACUUUUAUAGUGCUCAGUGGCCGCCUGCGUUCCGUUAUCAGGAAGGAGGAUGGGAAAAAGGAGCUGACGGGAGAGUAUGGCAGAGGGGAUCUCAUUGGAGUGGUGGAAGCUCUGACCCAUCAGAACAGAGCAACUACUGUUCAUGCUGUUCGAGACUCAGAACUGGCUAAACUACCUGAGGGAGCUCUCAAUUCCAUUAAGAGGAAAUUCCCACAAGUAGUCACAAGGCUUAUUCACCUGCUCGGACAGAAGAUCCUCCAGCAGGUUAAUGGCCCUUUGACAGCUCGCAGUCUGGCUCUGCAAACUCCCGGGAGUAAAUGGGAUGCAGGGAACCCUGCCUCAAACCUUUCCACCAUCACUGUGCUACCAGUAACGGAGGAGGUCCCUCUGACUGCAUUCACCCUAGAACUUCAGCAUGCGCUCCUGGCGAUUGGUCCUACUCUUCUUUUGACUAGUGACAGCAUCAAACAGCGCCUUGGGUCGGCAGCAUUAGACAGUGUGCAUGAGUACAGGUUGUCGAGUUGGCUGGGUCAACAGGAAGACAUCCAUCGCAUAGUCCUGUACCAGACAGAUGUGUCACUCACCCCCUGGACUCAACGCUGCAUCAGACAGGCAGAUUGCAUUAUCAUCAUUGGACUGGGAGAGCAGGACCCAGCCGUUGGAGAGCUGGAGCAUAUGCUAGAGGUGAGUGCGGUUAGGGCACAGAAACAGCUGGUGUUGUUGCACCGCGAGGACGGCCCUCCACCCAAAGGAACAGCCGAAUGGCUGAAUAUGCGGAGUUGGAUUUCCAGACACCUUCACCUGUCUUGCCCCCGCAGGGUCUUCUCCAAGAGGAGCCUGCCAAAACUGAGAGAGAUGUAUCAGCGUGUGUUCCUGAAACCUGCCGACCGUCACUCUGAUUUUUCUCGCUUGGCCCGCAUUCUGACAGGCAACGCCAUUGCCCUGGUACUGGGGGGAGGAGGAGCAAGGGGUUGCUCUCAGGUGGGCAUCAUUCGUGCAUUAAGUGAGGCAGGAAUCCCUAUUGAUCUGGUGGGUGGCACCUCGAUUGGUUCCAUGAUGGGCGCUCUGUUUGCAGAGGACCGCAGUUAUAGCAGGAUGAAGAUCAGAGCCAGAGAAUGGGCCAUGGAAAUGACAUCAGUGUUUAAGAAAGUGCUGGACUUGACCUACCCAAUCACAUCUAUGUUCUCCGGAGCUGCAUUCAACUCUAGCAUUAAUGCUGUCUUUAAUGACAAGCAGAUUGAGGACCUCUGGAUCCCAUAUUUCAACAUCACCACAGACAUCACCGCCUCCACAAUGAGAGUUCACACUGAUGGCUCUCUGUGGAGGUAUGUGCGAUCCAGCAUGUCUCUUUCUGGUUACCUGCCACCACUAUGUGAUCCAAAAGAUGGACACCUGCUCAUGGACGGAGGCUACAUCAACAACCUGCCAGCGGACGUGGCACGCUCCAUGGGCGCCAAGGUGGUGAUUGCCAUCGAUGUGGGCAGCCAAGAUGAAACAAACCUCACCAACUAUGGGGAUGCCCUCUCCGGAUGGUGGCUGCUAUGGAACCGGUUCAACCCACUGGCUGAGAAAGUCAAGGUGCUAAAUAUGACUGAGAUCCAGGCCCGGCUGGCUUACGUGUGCUCUGUGAGACAGCUUGAGUCAGUUAAAAGCAGCGACUACUGUGAAUAUAUCAGACCUCCCAUUGACAGAUACCGCACGCUCGAGUUCGGCAAGUUCGAUGAGAUUAGCGAAGUGGGCUACCAUCAUGGGAAGACAGUGUUUGAUGUGUGGUGCAGGAGUGGAGUGAUUGAAAAGAUGAUGAAGGACAGACAUCAAGAGGAAUUCCACAAAACUCAAAGCAAUAAUGUGGUGACCUGUCCAAAUGCUUCCUUCACUGAUCUGGCUGAGAUUGUCUCUCGCAUUGAACCAGUUAAAACAGCUCAUAUGGAUGAUGAAUCCGACUAUCACACCGACUAUGAAGAGGAGAUGGCAGAGAGCGCUCUAUCAGACAUGGAGUGUUACAACCAACACAGUGAACAUACAGAAGAAGAACUGACUGCAGACACUGACGAAGAAUUUGAGAGGGCUCGCAGACAGCCUGUGCAUUCUAACCCAGAGAAUGUGGGGCCUGUUUCAUCUAAAACAAUGCAAAACUCCAGCCCCAGCAGUCCUCCAUGCCAGGAAAGCACACGGAUAAGCACUCCUCCAUCCUGACCGCUGAUCCCUCCUCCCCCAGAGAUGCCAUCCUGGCAGGGUACUAACACUUGACACUCCCAAGAUUUGGGCUUCAGACCUUGGUGCACAUUCCAACCAAGCCCUUCCUGGCCUUGAAGAGCAGAAAGUGGGCAGUUUGUGUAUUUAUAAUUGCCUUUCCCAAAAAAAUCCAAAGAAGACACAUGACUAACACACCGCUGACAGCUGGGUAACAUGGCAUGGCGUUGUAACUCAUGUCCAACUGUAUCAUGCUGACUGGGUAAAAUUUUGAUUGCAAAGUCUCGAAUUACAUGUGCAUUUAGUCAAUAAAGGAGGGAUUUACAUGAGUAAGACAAUCAACUACAAUAUUGCAUUUGCAAAUGGUUGGAUUGGAUUGCUUGUACUCUAAAGUCUUUCUACUGUCAAUGAAAGAAGCAAAAAAGAGGGAGAAAUAUUGAGAGAUCACAAAGGCACUGAGUUUUUUGUAGAGUUCUCUAUAAGCUCUUUUGACUGUGUUUUUUUGUUUUGCUUUGAACUGACAAGUUGAAAUGUCCCACAUUUGCUGUUGUACAACAUGGCUGUUGUAUUUAGAUCAGAGAUGCUGUACUGAAGGAUACUUGAACUGAUAUGGACUUUAGACAGCUUAUAGACCGAUCUAACCUAACCAGCAUCGGAUAUCAUACCAAAUGUGUCUGUUAAAUGACUCUUACCUUUAACAGCAAUGAUCAAAAACUAUACAAAUCAUAAACGCAAGCCUAUCAAUGCAAUAUGUUUUUAAAUCAUGUUUUUGAAUGUUAUUUUUUUUUUUUGGGGUGAAUAAUUGAUGUACAUGCUACAUGUAGUGCCUUUUUAACCCCGAUACCUGCCAUACAAGAGAAUGGUAGUACAAUAAGGGGUUUUAACAGGGUUUGGGAAAGGAGGCGGUGGGAACCGGAUCAACACACAACAAGACUUUAAUUAUAACAUAAUAACAGACAUCAACCACAAACACACACACACACACACACACACACAGCUCCAUGUAUUGAUUAAUUUGCAAAUAUGCGUAUGUUUCGCGCAUCUAAGUUUCAUUUGAGCACCAGUCUGAAUGUUGACUUUAAUUAUAUACAGCCAUUACUUACAUUGACUGACAUAGUGGAUGUGAAGAUGAGUGGUUACUCUGCUGUUAUAAUCAUUUUGAAACAAUCUUUAUGCAAUGUGCCAAUAGUUUUGCAUGAAAUUGGAACACUGAGCUUAAAAAGCUACAAACUAUGCGUUAAAGGGAUAGUUCACCCAAAAAUGAAAAUUAUGUUGUCAUUUACUCACUCUUUAUUUUGUUCCAAACCUGGAAGACUUUUUUACAUGGAACACAAAAGGAGAUGUUGGUCAGAAUGUUAGCAUCAGCCACCAAGCGCUUUCAUUGUGUGGAAGAAAAGAUGCAAUGAAAGUAAGUUGUGAUUGAGACUAACAUUCAUGCUAUUCUAAUGGGUUUAGAGUGAGUAAAUGAUGACAUAUCCCUUUAAUGUUUUGACUGUCAGCAGUGGUCUAUGUGAGUGGUUGAGGUCAGUUUCAUUCCAAAGGUAAUGAAACUGGACAAGUUGGACAUUAGAGCUACCAAACAGGAAUAUGCAUUUUUUUUUUUUUUUUUUUUAAAUUACAUGAUUUCCAAACUUUAUGUCCAAACAAAUGUCAACCACUAAUAAAGUGCAUUUUGCUCUC